GACGCUCAUAUCAUUUCCGGAAGAAAUUUCGUCAAAGUGAAUUUCACCCAAAACAUAUUGCCUUGUCAAGUUUGUUGAGAUAUAAACCUGAGUAUGUCAGAAAAGAAUAAUGAUGAAGCAGGUCCGUCUACAAGUAAAAGUAAAUUCAGUCGACUUCAGAGGCUCAGAGAUCUAGAGUUAAAAAUGAAUGAAGCGCGUAAGCUGAAUCAUCAGGAGGUGGUGGAAGAAGACAAGAGGAGCAAACUCCCCGCAAACUUUGAACAGAAACGGAAGAGAGUGGAAUGGGAGGAGGAGCAAGACAAGAAGAGAAAGGAAGCGGAGUCAGCUGGGGAAGAGUUUGACAGAGUAAAGCUGCUGGAAGUGGGAGCUGACGAAGCAGAGAAAUGGGAACGGAAAAAGAAGAAGAAGAACCCUGACCAAGGCUUCUCAGACUAUGAGGCUGCAACAUUUCGUCAGUACCAGAGGCUGACCAAAGAAAUGAAACCAGACAUGAAUAAUUACAAACAACAGAGAGAAAAAGCAGGUGAGGAGUUCUAUGCCACCCGAGAUACCCUGGGUCUGAAUCAAUGGAAGGAUAAGCCGGAGUAUGUGGACAGAAUGGUUGAUGAUCUAGAGAAGCAAAUAAAAAAGAGAGAGAAAUACAGCCGUCGCAGAACAUUUGAUGAAGAUGCGGAUAUUGACUACAUCAACGAGCGUAACAUGAAAUUCAACAAGAAAUUGGAGCGCUUCUAUGGAACCUACACAGCCGAGAUCAAACAGAACCUGGAGCGAGGGACAGCUGUAUAGGAGCCGAGGCUGGGGGUAUAGGAGCAGACAGCUGGAAGUGGGUGUGUCAAUGUUGGCACAGACCCCAAGGACAGGGACCCUACAACAAAACGUGUUGUCAAUCUCAGUUUUUAAAAAAAAAAUUCUUAGUUAUUUCUCCCAGUGUAUGUACAUUGAUACAUGGCAUUAUGUCUUGUCAUGUACAAAUAAAACGGGAGGAAGAAAACAUCCUAGACAGGCAAGGUUGAAGCAAGAAGACUUGUGGAUAACAUCAAUAUUGAUUAUUUAAUACUGUAACAUUUUACUUGAGUUGCAUGUAUGUUUUAUUCAACUGAGAUUUCAAAAGUUUCUUUAAAAAAUAUAUAUAUUUUCAUGACUGCUCAUACAUGUAUAUUUCAUUGGUAUCAUGAUGGAUUUAAAUGUUUUGAAAUUUUUGUUUAUAUCAUGAUGAUUUUAUAGUUAUACAUGUGUAUUUAAAAAAAAAAAAAAGAAUGAUUAUUAUAAAAUUAAAAUUCAGCUUAAAAUUAUAAGCUGAAUCAUUUUGCUUAAUGUCCAAUCAACAAGAUAUUACUAAUUUCAAACUGUUCUUCACUUGUAAAUAAUUAAUUUUGUUUUGAGAGAGAGAGAGAGAGAGAGAGAGAGAGAGAGAGAGAGAUUAUUAUAUGUUUGCAGAUUCUGAUUAUAUCAUAAUAAAAGCUCAGAUUAGCUCAGUA